AUGGACAACACUGUUCCAGCCGCAUGUGAGUAUAUAUUUAAAAGAAAUGAUGGUUUAUCUGACAGAGAUGAUUUAGGGGGUAUUUUAUGUUUGGACUCUGAUGACGAAUGCGAAAAAAAUAAGUUAGAUGGUCCCGAUGUAAUUGAAGCCACCGAUAGUAGCAACUCUGAUGAAGGAACUAUUAAUGAAGUUCCAACAAGGAAUGGUAAGAAAAUAAAAGCAAAUCCAAGCAUUUGGAAAAGAAAUGUAGUGAAAAAACAAAGGGCCGCAGGUGAGGAGUAUACAAGUAUUUAUACAAACAAGGUAGUACCAAAACGUGUAACUGGUCCUGCAUGUAAAUGCAUAUACAAAUGUUUUUCUAAAAUCACCGAUACAGAUAAAUCUUCGAUAAUCAAUGCCUUCAAUGCAAUAGGUAAUAAAGAAAAACAAGACACUUUUCUAUGUGGCCUAAAUAGUGUAAAUAAUGUUCAAAGACGUAGACCUCUAGUGAAAGGAACACCCGAAAUAAAAAAAUCGGUUUCAUGUACUUAUAAAAUACGAUUAACUACAAACGAAUUAAUCGUUUGUAAAAUUGCUUUUUGUUCAUUGUUUGGUAUAGGAAAAUCAUUAGUAGACAGACUUAUACACAAUAUCAAAAAUAAUAAACCAAGUCCACAAGAUUUACGUGGCAAACACUUGAAACGCCCAAAUAAAAUAUCAAAUGACAUUAUAUUUAAAAUAGAUGCCCAUAUUAACAGUUUCCCAAAAGUCCAGUCCCAUUACAGCCGAUCCGACAAUUUAAAUGUUCAUUAUUUAUCCCCCGAACUAAACAUUUCUAAAAUGUAUAAACUUUAUUUAGAAAAAAAUGAUCCGGAAGUAUUUGAAAUGAUCCAAAAAGGUGAAACGAAUAUAAAACCAAUUGUUAAAUAUGAUUAUUUUAGUGAAUACUUUAAAAAUAAUUUCAAUUUAACUUUCGGAACACCAAAAACAGAUACGUGUCAAACUUGUGACCGCUUAAAAAAUUUAAUUGACCACGAAACAAAUCUCGAAAUAAAACGUCAGUUUGAGGUAGAAAAAGAGGUGCAUAUAAGAAAAGCAGAAGUAUUUUAUACUGACUUGAAAUCGUUUGUUCAAAAAUCCAAAUUAGAUGAAGAAAUUGAGUUAUUGAGUUUUGAUUUUCAACAAAAUAUGCCACUGCCACACAUUCCGUGUGGUGACGUAUUUUAUAAACGUCAAAUUUGGGUUUAUAAUUUUUGUAUAUAUUCCGGGAAGACUGGCAAAUCUUACCAUUAUAUGUAUGACGAAUUGACAGGCAAAAAAGGCCAAAAUGAUGUUAUAAGUUUCAUUGACCAUUUUCUUAAAAAUUUACUCACCCCAGGUGUAAAACACUUAUAUAUAUUUACGGACAACUGUAGCUCACAGAAUAAAAAUAACGCUUUAUUCCAAUAUUUGUAUACAGUUGUUCAAUCUAAGUGUUUCAACUUAGAAAGUAUCACUCACCGGUAUCCAGAGCCGGGUCAUAGCUUUUUACCGUGUGAUCGAUGUUUCGGAUUAAUAGAAAAGGUAAAGAGGAAACAUGAACGGAUAUACUUGCCAGAAUCCUACAAAGAGAUUGUUAAAAAAACAUCGAAAAAAUUCAAUGUCAUAGAUGUAUCCCGAGAUAUGAUUUUAAAUUUUUCAGAUUACACAAAACCAUUGUAUAAAAAAAUUGUAAAAAGUGUGGAAGACCAAAAGUUUUCUAUUAUGGCCUAUAGAUGUAUGGAAUAUAAAAAAGAGGGUUUAUUUUGUAGUAUAUACGGAAAUUCAAUAGGAUUUGAAAAGUUUCAAUUACAAAAAAAAUCUGCAAUAUUGAAGUUCCCCGAAGAAAAUUUGCCUCUAUUACACCCAGAAGUUUUAAAAAUAAAAGAUGCUAAAUUUCGGGAUGUGCAAGACCUUGCAGCGAAAUAUGUCCCGCCUGAAAAUUUGUGGUUCUACAAUAAUCUAGUUGUUGAAGCUGAAUAA